AAAGCUAGGCGGCACACUAGCACUACUCUUGUCAAAUAUGCCAUCUAAUUUCUUUGCCAUUUUUAGGGAACUGCUAUGAGGAAUCUUGGUAUUAAUGAAGUCUUAAUUUAGAGCUUAACUCCUCCUUAUUUUCUCUCCGUACACUCCCUGCUUUUUUGAGAAUUGGCUUUGAAGAUGGUCUCCAUGGAUUUUUUAUUGAGAUCCAGAUGAUCUUUUUUUAGUUUUUACAUAUAAGGAUGGGGUUUAGAAAGGUAGUUCUCAUAGAAUCAAAGUUGUUUGAGAUAGUGCAUGCAGGAAGUAGAGCAUUACGUAUCAUUGAGAGGGGAAGGAAGGUGACUAAAGGGUUGGUAAUCAGUUUCACCACUGCGAGAUGGGUUGUGCAGUCUCUUGAAGGUUGCGGUCAAGCUGAUGCCAAGAAGGAUUACAUUAAAACUUUUAGUUAUGGCAGCAGUGCAUAUAUUGCUCAGAGAUCCUCUAAUGCUUUCGAUAGACAUUUGGCCAUUGUUGAAUAUAGAGGUGGUGGCAGGAGAAGCAUCAUCAGUGUCCCAGAAGAUGUUGGAGGUCUAGGAUGGAGAAGGCUGGGUUUGGAGAUUCGUGAGAUGAGUGAUGGUGGGGUGAAAACUGCAGGGGAGAAGUAUGGGAGGGAGGUUCCCAACCAUCUUCCUGUACAGAACAAUACCUCUGCCAAGACCUAUGCUGAGGCUGUAGUUGGAGUUGUUCCAACCAUGAGAGGAGCUGCCAGUAGUCCAGAUUUUGAAUUGAAGAGCAAUGAUGGAAUUUUGAAGGAGAAGGGCAGAGUGGAAAGCCAUGGCAGAGAUGUUUACACAAGAAGGGAUGAAGGCUCUCUGAUCAAGGGGAGAGUAGCUGAGAAGAUUUCCUUAAUUAGAAUAAAGGAGGAACUGAUAGCUGAGAGAGAGAGGCUCAUGAGGUUAAUUGACAGUAUUGAUGUAGAUCUGGGCAUGGAUCAGGGGCUUGAAAUAGCAAGUGGAGCCCCUGAGGCUUUGAGCACACAAGUGACUGGGUCUAAGACCUUGGGCCCGUAGAAGGUCACAGGGGGAGUUGGUGUAUCAGGCAAGAACUGGGCCGGUCAGCAUGCAGGCCCAUCUACGAAUGAGGUUGGCUCGAGAAGAAGGCUUGGAGACGGCAGGCCUGGAAAGGGAGGGCUCGAGAAGCAGACCUGGAGAUGGAGGGCCAAGCUUUCAGGCCCAUCAACGUAAGAGGCUGGGUCUUCGUCCGGCGCUUCUCUAUCGGCGACUGACACCCACCGGACAGGGCCACCCUAGACUUGGUCGACGGGGGCAGGCGAACAGGUGGUUGGUCUCCCGGACGAGGGGGGAGUUACGGUGGCGUCGUCGUUAGGCAUUAGGGAAACUGGGCUGGCUUUCAAGGCAGAAAAGGCUAGCGACUCUGGUCCAACAGUCAUGGAAGCACCACAAACUGUACCAACGGCUGAAAUGACGGCCCUCUCAAGAUCAAAAAUGGACCCUACAACGGUGAGGGGUGGUGAGGUUGACACGGAGACAACGGGAAGCCCUUUGGCUUUGAUUCCUUUUGAUUCGUUUGGGUUUGAGGGAGAGUUUGAUAAUGUGGGGACGGCAGGCACAGUCUCCUUGGCGUGUGAAGAUGUGUGUUGCUGGGAAGACCCACUCCCACUGGUAUCCCUGCAUCCGUUGAAGAACAGCAACCACCAGGCUUCAAACUGGGUCCUCAACAAGGCAAAGGAGAUGCAAUUCAGUAUGGGGAUUUUAUGCGAUGGUUUUGAGGACCAUCUCAUUGCCCUCUUUGCAGCUAUAGAAGCUAGAAAGAACAGUUUGGGAUCACCCAGGAAGCUCGCAUCAGCUAAGAAGGGAGCAAGAGAACUCCAUAGACUUGACUAAACAGUAAAUGAUGGAGCAAGUGGAAAGAGCUCUAACCGGGGAAGAGUGAGGGGAAGGGCAAAGGAUGUGGUUUUAUGAAACCAAAGAUUGUUUCUUGGAACGUAAGGGAGCUGAAUGAGAAAGAUAAACGCUUUAUAGUUAGAAAUCAGCUUUGUAAAUGGAAGGUGGACGUUGUAUCUUUACAAGAAACAAAACUUGUAAUUAUUUCUCUGCGUAUCAUUAGAAGUUUGUGGGGUUGUAGUCAAGUGGGAUGGCAUUAUUUACCGUCCAUUGGAGCAAUCGGGGGAAUACUAGUAAUGUGGGACAGGAGAGUGGUGGAGAAAAUGGAGGAUUUUCUGGGAGAUUAUGUGGCGGCAUGCGCAUUUAAGAAUGUCAUAGAUGGGUAUCGGUGGGCGUUCACCGGAGUUUAUCGGCCUAACCUUGAUCAGUCCAGAAGUUUACUUUGGGAUGAGUUGGCCGGUAUUGGCAGUGUAUGGGACCUUCCUCAGUGUAUCGGUGGUGACUUCAACGUCACUCGUUUUCCGAGUGAGAGAUCGGGUGGUUUGGGUUUCAACCCACCUAUGAUAGACUUCUCUAGCUUCAUCUUUGAACAAAAUUUACAGAAUCUUCCUCUUGCAGGUGGCUCUUUCACUUGGUCUAGCAACCGAGAUCUUCCAUCUUGGUCAAGGCUUGACAGAUUUCUAAUUUCACCGGAUUGGGAGGCUCAUUAUCCGGACCUCAUUCAGAAGAGAUUACCUAGGUUAUGUUUGGACCACUUUCCCAUCCUGUUGAACUGCGGAGGCAUUCGAAGAGGUCCAAGAUACUUCAAAUUUGAGAACAUGUGGUUGAAGUCUGAAGGUUUUUUGGACAGAAUACGUCAAUGUGGUCAUCAUACCAUUUUCAUGGCAAUUCUAGUUAUAUUUUGGCCUGUAAAUUAAAGUCUUUGAAAAAUGACUUGAAUGAGUGAAUUUCACAAGAGUUUGGUAAUGUGGAAAGCCAAAAAAUUGUUCUCUUGGAGGAGCUGAAGGGUUUGGAGAAUGUGGAAGAGGAGAGGGUACUAUUUGGAACUGAGCGGGCACGCAAAACUCAAUUGACUGUGGACAUUGAACGGGUCUCUCUUUUGGAAGAAAUAUCUUGGCAACAAAAAUCACUUGCUUUAUGGUUGAAGAAAGGGGAUAGAUGCAACAAGUUUUUCCACCAGGUGGCCAAUUCACAUAGGCGGAACAAUGCUAUAGAAACUUUGAUGAUAGACAAGGCGGCCUCAUCCAACCAAACCAAGAUCUCAGAUUACGUUGUCAAUUACUAUGAUAAGUUGUUUUCUGAACAGUUUUCAUGGAGGCUGAGACUUGAUGGGCUGGCUUUUGAUGUUCUUGAUCUGCAGGCUUUGGAACAACUUGAAAGGCCAUUUGAGGAGGUAGAGGUCAGAUUGGUAGUUAAAGGUAUGGCGGGCAACAAAGCCCCAAGUCCUGAUGGCUUUACCAUUGCCUUUUUUCAAACUUGUUGGGAUGUACUUAAAGAAGAUAUCAUGGGGGUGUUCCAUGAGUUUCAUGGAUGUGGGGGGUUCGAGAAAAGUCUCAGUGCAACCUUUUUAGCACUCAUCCCUAAAACGACCGGCACAGUAAAGGUAAAAGAUUUUCGUCUCAUUAGCCUGGUGAGUGGGUUAUACAAAAUUUUAUCUGAAGUAUUGGCGAACAGGUUGAGCAAGGUGAUGGAAAGUUUGAUUUCGAAGCCUCAAAAUGCCUUUGUUAAAGGUAGGUAAAUCCUUAACUCAGUACGUAUUGCUAAUGAAUGCCUGAAGAGCCGUAUUAAGUCAGGAGCGCCGAGACUACUAUGCAAGUUGGACAUGCAGAAAGCUUAUGAUCACGUCAAUUGGGGAUUCUUACUUUAUAUACUUGAGAGAUGUGGCUUUUUAAAUGCCGUACUUGGAUCCAUUACUGUAUCUCUACUACUUGUUUUUCUAUAUUGGUGAAUGGCACGUCAAAAUGCUUUUUCAAAAGCUCCCGAAGAUUGCGACAAGGGGAUCCCCUUUCUCCACUUCUCUUUGUUUUUGUGAUGGAAGCUUUUAAUAAGAUGAUUGCAGGGGCAGUGGCGGGUGGUUUCUUAUCAGGAUUCUCAGUUGGUGAGGCAGCCUCAGGUUCGCUCAACAUCUCGCAUCUAUUGUUUGCUGAUGAUACUCUAAUCUUUUGUGAUGCCAGACAUGAGCAAAUUCGAGCUUUGAGGGCUCUUUUAUCAUGCUUCGAGGCCGUGUCAGGGUUGAAGGUGACUUUGGUCAAAUCUGAGAUAGUGUCAAUGGGGCUUGUACCCAAUGUGGAGAGCUUGGCGUCCAUCUUGGAUUGCAAGAUAUCUCAGCUACCCAUGAAAUAUCUUGAUCUUUCGUUGGACGCGACUUUUAAAUCAAAAUCCAUGUGGGAUGAUGUGCUAGAAAAAAUGGAAAGGAAAUUAGCUGGUUGGAAGCGGAUGAACUUAUCCAAAAGGGGUUGGGUGACUUUCAUCAAGAGCACUCUUUCUAACUUACCAACGUACUUCCUCUCAUUAUUCCCGCCAAGGUGGCUCAUCGCAUGGAGAAACUUCAACGUGAUUUCCUUUGGGGAGGGAUAAAGGAUGAGUUUAAAUUUCACUUGGUGAAAUGGGCCACAAUUUGUUCUCCCAUCAAAGAAGGAGGCUUGGGUAUUCGGAAUUUUAAAUCUUUGAAUAACGUUUUGCUAGGCAAAUGGUUAUGGAGAUAUCACAAUGAACAGGAGGCCUUGUGGUGAACCGUCAUUGCUUUGAAGCACGGUGAAUCAUGGGGAGGUUGGUGUUCCAAUAAGGUAAGUAGGCCUCAUGGAAUUGGGCUUUGGAAACAUAUUAGAAGAGGUUGGGACACAUAUGCAACACAUACUGGUUUCCAAGUUGGAAAUGGAGUGAAGUUAAAAUUUUGGCAUAAUUUAUGGUGCGGUGAUCGGGCACUCAAGGAAGUUUUUCCUCGAGUUUAUGGCUUAGCAAGAAGAAAAGAGGCAUCAAUAGCUGAUUUAGUUUUCAUCUCCAAUGGCCUUCCACAAUGGAACAUUUCUUUUCUUAGAGAUGCACAAGACCGAGAAAUGGAUGAAUUUUCGGUGUUCUUUGACCAGGUGUACUCCACUCGUGUGUCGGGGGGGGUAGGUGAAGACACGAUUUAUUGGCGCCCUUCCAAGAAGGGAGUUUUCACAGCCCGUUCUUUCUACCAUUCUUUGACCAUGCACACCUCAGCCCAUUCUUUCCCAUGGAAGAGCAUCUGGAGGACAAAGACACCUCUAAAGGCAGCCUUUUUUGUUUGGACAGCCUCUUUGAGGAAGAUUCUUACUAUAGACAACCUGAAGAAAUGUGAAAUCAUAGUUAUGGACUAGUGUUAUAUUGUGCAAGAAGUGGGGCGAGUCCACUGACCAUCUCUUACUACAUUGUGAGAUUGUCAGGAUCUCGUGGCAUGAAGUUUUUGCUCGAUUGGGUUUAGUUUGGGUGAUGUCGGAAAGGGUAUGUGACUUUCUAGCCUCAUGGAGAGGUAUUCAGGGCAACCCUCAAAUUGCAUCCAUAUGGAAAAUGAUACAUAUAUGUCUAGGGUGGUGCAUUUGG